AUGUCUGGCCCCAAUAUGGAUAAUGAUUUCCAACUAUUCUCUCCGCGCAACACAGAUGGAGAUGAGGCGCGUGGAAACAGUCAAAUGUUUACGCAUCCCGCCGGAGAGAACCCAAGCCAAGACUGGACUCAGUGGAUGCGAUGGGAUGAGCCUAUGUUCUCUGAGGGAGAUCAGAAAACUAUGGGCUCAUCCGUAGAUUUGCCAUCCAUUUCUCCCCAUACGGACAUGAGCUCCCCGACUCAUUUAAACAACAAGGACUUUUCGCCCAAUCUGCCUCUUGGCAUGAUGGAGAUUCCACCUGGCUCCCAUGGACGAAGUAGCAUGGGUGGAUACCAGAACGGAUUCCCAGAUCCAAACUGGCUCAACAACCAACCGCAGCACUCGGGAUUGAUCUCGCCUAUCUCGAGCGUUGGAACCAACCGGAAGCGCAAGACCGGCAGCGACGACGAUGCAACGACCGUGACCGGCCCCGUGCAACCCGGCAAGAAGAUGCCCGCUAAGAAACGCGCUCACAACGUCAUCGAGAAGCGAUACCGGGCCAACUUGAACGAUAAAAUCGCCGAACUACGUGACAGUGUGCCCAGCCUUCGGACGACCAAGGGCUCGAAUGGAGGAUCGCCUGACGAGGACGAGGAAGCGGAAGGAGCCACCAACGCGAGCAAGCUGAACAAGGCUUCGAUCUUGUCCAAAGCCACGGAGUACAUUAAGCACCUGGAAACUCGCAACAAGCGUCUGGAAGACGAAAACACCGCGUUGAAGAACCGUCUUCGCCAGGCCGAUAAGGCGGCAGAUCAGGCCGUCACAUCAUCCGCCUCGGUUUCAUCGCCCAGCAAUUAUGCGUCGACGGAUCCAGACUCUGGCACCUCACCAAGUGUAUUCUCGCAAGCCGAAGAACACACAAGCGAGGGCUCUCCUACCUCCAACAAUCCCCCCGAAGGAUUGCUCCCUGUCCCAGAUGCUUGGAAGCGCAUGCGUGCCCAGACCGCGCAGCAGGGAGUGUUCGCCGAAUCCUACAUCAAAUAUCCAUCCUCCUCCUCUAGCAACCAACCACAAUUUGGCCGGGAAGAGAAGUCCACUCGGCGGUCAAAGAUGCCUAACAAGUAUAUGCUAGGUGCUCUGGCUGGUCUGAUGGUUCUUGAGGGCAUGGGCUCUGAUGACUCCGAGACCGAGUCCAAGGGCUUGUUUGCACUUCCUUUCCGUCUCCUUGGUCGCCUGCAGACACCCACCAUGGCACACUGGGAAUUCUACCUCAAGAACUUUUGGUACUCAUGGCAAGCACGCGCCUUCUCUCACUUCCUUGGUCUAGCCACGCUGGUCGUUGGCUGUGCUUUCGUUGUUUUCCUUUACCUGUUCAAUGCCCAGCCGAUGGCGCGUCGCGGUCCCGCAAAGCCGGCCUCUGGGUGCCCAGCUGCGCUUCUUACGUCAAGUGACUUCCGCCGGCAGGCUUGGUUGACGAGCAUGCAACGGGCGGGUGUCCCACGCCACAGGUUCUUCCGGGAGUGGUACGUGGUUACUUCGCGAUGCUUCGAGUACGUUCUGCGUUGCUUGAUGGGUUGGAAGAUUUACUCGUGGGCCACUGGGAUCACCGAAGAAGAUGAGAAAGGACGAGUCAAGACUUGGGAUAUCGCUAUUGAUGCCCAGCUCACGGGCGGAGAUGCUGAGAUCAGUAAAAGUCGACUUGUUCUUACAAUCUUCGCCGCCGGUACCCUUCCCUCUACCCCUACUCGCAUGAUCAUCAAGGCCUUACAUGUUCGGAUUCUCCUGUGGAACGUUGGGGAAGCGGGCUCUUGGUCUUUCCAUAUGUCGAACGAUAUAGCCCGAGCCCUCGCCAGUUACCAGUGGAGCGUGGCUCGUGAGAUCAAUGACUCACUUCCCGACGGCCAUCCGGAUCAGCUUCCUCCCCACCUUGCUGCCCUUGUUCAGCUAGACUGUGAUGAUGUCAUGAUCGACAACAUCAUCCAGCGUGCCGUCAAUCUGACCUGGAACCGACCAACCCAGGAAGGCACUGGUGAUGACGAGGUGCUCCUUGAUGUCGUGGAUGAAGACCCAGCGAUCCAGUGCUCCGAGGAUGCCCUUGCAGCCUGGUGGUCGAGCCACUUGCUGCAGAUUGCUCUGCUGAACUACUUCGAAGCCAGCGACAAGGGACCGGUAUCUAAGGCAUCUCGCGACGCGUUCAAGGAGAAGAUCCGCAUGUCUCUUGAUGUCGCCCCUCGUCUCUCUGCCGCGUACACUCGCGCCCUUGUCAUGAAAGCGGUAUUCUUCGAGCAGAAUCGCAUCGAAAAUGUCAGCGCGGUCCUUGCUGCCCUCCCGAACGAGAAGAGGAAAGGAAGCCAAAGCCAUGGUUUCAACUUCAUUGACUCCUCCCUUCCCGUUUCUGUGCGCGAUGAGAUUUCCAUCGCCGUGCGCUGUGCUAUGAUUGCUGCAAUUGUUACCGCGCGAUCCCCCGGCGGCGACGCAACUUCCCUGCCAGAAUCAUUCACAGUUCAAAAGGCGAUUGCCUGGUUCAAUCAGCUUCCGAUCGAUCCCGUCGAGCUAUCACUGUUGGGUUUUUCCUCCGUCUACCACCUCCUCCACCUCCUUGCCUCUGACGCAGACUAUAUCGCGUCCUCCGAUUCUUCCUCCCCCUCCGCUGGCGCAUCUGACGCCACCUCCUCCGCAGACGAUGAAGCCGAGGAAAAGCCUCGCCCAGCCCGCAAACUCUCCGUUUGUCCACGUGACAUCCCCAACAUCGGCCGAGUAUCCGCAGAGCUAGUCUACUGGGCCCGUCAUGCCUACAACCCUGCGUUCUACGGCUUCUCAUCCACCCUUGUCACCGUCAUAGUCGAUUCCUGCACAGCAAUCUGCCAGAAUGCUGGUCUCAACAUCGAUGACUUUUUGCACGCCACAUCCGAUAAGGCUCUCUCUAAGAAGCGCCGCUCUCGUCGGCGCAGAGGAGAGUCUCAAUCUUCCCAAAGCGACGCCGAUCAAGAUAUGGUCGACUCGCCUGUCUACCAACCGCAGCUUCGCCGCGAGCGGUCUGCUAGCAACGACACGGGCUAUGGCAGUCUUUCCCUCGAAGAGGAUAGCAAGGCGUUUACCCGUGCCCCUGUCAAUGUGCCCGAAAUUGCGAUUUAA